AUGUCGGCGCAUCAACUCAACAUGAUCUCUUAAGAUAAAUAAAUAGGUGAUUACUCAAGCCAUAAACAGAAUGGAUAACUAGUUAUUAGUAGCAAUUAACUGUAAAUAAAAGAGGGGCAAAAUUAAAUGUUACUUAACGAGAACAUAAAUAGCAAUUUUUAGUUGAAUAAGAACAGUUAACAGCAAUUAAUUGGAUAGUCUACUGGUUAAUAAAUUUAAAGGUUCAAUAAUACAACUCCUAAUGGUGGUAGUAGUAACUCUUUGAGUAAUUAAAAUAAUUAGGUUUUUUAAAAUUAAGAUAAUUAUAACAAUUCUCAAAACUCAAAUUAGCAGCCGAGCACAAUUAACGGUAACAACUAUAAAGUGAUUAAAACUUACUAAAAAUUAGGUGUUGCAGGUGGUAGUUCUGCAACUAAUUUUUCAAGUCAAAAUACAACUUAAUCUUCAAGAAAAAGAGGAUCAUAAAAUUAACAUUAAAGCUAAUCUUAAAGUUAGCAGUAAAUGUUAGCAGCAUAAUAGGAGAUAGCCUUAAUACGUGAGUAGUGUAUUUUUUGCCAAAAAUUUACAGCUUAUCGCAGUUUUGGGCCUCUUCUAAAUAAAGCUCUUUAUUCCAAAUAUUCUUCAUCAUAGAAUUAUUUCUACUCUAAAGAUAUAAAUGAUAUUUUGGGAAAUGUUUCAACAAAAGUAGUCAUUAGAUUUCGAGAUCUUGAAACUUACGAUGAAGAAGAGGAAUUUUUAAAGAGAUUUUACCAUAAAAAUUAACAACCUGUUAAGAUGCGUGAUUUGACUGAAUAUUAUAAAUACCACAAAGACAUUCCAAGAUUAUUUAUGGUUAGUAUAGGUAAUGUAAUGAAUCGUUAUCACGACAAGCGUCGUAGAAUAGAAUACUAGCGCAUUAAAAAAUAAUUAAACUUCGAAACUUCUAACAACAACAAUUCUGAAGAUAGUCAGUUAAACACAGAGGAAGAAGAUUCAAAUGGUAACAAGGCUUCUAAAAAGAAAGAAAUUCCUAAAGAAUGCUCAAAUAUGCUACAAGAAUUAGAUGUAACUCUCAGCUUUCAUCAAAGGAUGGAAAACAAAAUAAAGCAUAUAAAUAUUGAUGGUACUAGCAAUAAUCAGCACAUUUCCGCUAAUUAUAAUGGAAUGAAUGCAUUUUAUAUGAAUCAGCAACCUAACAAGGUUUACUUAUAACAAUAAAAUCGCCCCUAAUCAAAUAUAUUUGAUAUGAGCUCUAUGAUGUAAAAAGCGAGUAACAAAAAUUUCUUUCCUGCCCAAGCCGCUUCAUACAAUGGUAAUAGCAAAAUUGCUCUCUAGAAUUAAAUUUAAUUUAACUAUUACAAAGCUGGAGAAUUUGGUAAUGAAAAUGAAAGCAGUUAUUAGCUUUCAAGAAUUUUACAAAGUUUUCAGCAUAAUGCAGAUGAUAAGUACUUUUACUCUAUAGAGACAUCAAUGUCGAAUAUGAACAAUAUUCUAAACACACAGACUGACGAUUUGAGUUUUCUCUCAAAUCAAAAUAUCUAAUUCUAACAGCAGACUUAACCAUCUCGUAUAUAAUAUCCUUAAAAUAGUAUUAAUAAUAAAAUUGUACCAACUUUAAACUUCUCUAAAAACAAUAAAAAUACUUAAAAUAACAUGCAACCUACUUUAAACGAAGAUGUUUAAUCCUAAAUCCAUUCUAAAAACAAAUAAAUGGCAGAAAAUGCAAUUCUAAACCAAAAAUAUCAAAGCAUAUUAAGUUAAAAUUAAAUAAAAUAAUAGCAAUAAUCUUCUUCAUCAGGAUCGUCCAACAACUAUACAAGCAAUUCUCAACAAAUGCUAAAUCCUUUCUAAGAAAUUCAUUCUAACUUGCCUAAUUAGAAGCUUUCUAAUAUAAUUUAAGAGCAGUAAAUUAAAAUGCAAAAAGCUCUCCUUAACAAUGGAAUGCAAUUAAGCUCUAACAAUAUAGACGGUAUAUAAAAACAGUCUACUAAUUAGCUUCCCUCUUAAUAAAAAAUAUAAUAAAAUAUUUCUUCUUCUUAGUCUUCCUCUAAUUCUUUAGUUAAGUAAAAUAACAUUAACUCUAAUUUAUUUAUUAAAUAACCUUCCUCAAGCUCUAAUAACAACCUUGGAGGUAAGGAAGGAGGAUUAUCUAUUGAUAAGUUAGCCUCAUAGUCAUAAUCAACUACUAACUAAUAAAAAUAAACAAUAAAUGCAAAACAAAUAAUGAAAGUUUUGACGCAAAACCAAAAUAGCUCAAAUAAUAAAAACGCAGGAUUUUCUAAUAGCAAUUAACCAGUCACUGCUACUAAUUCUCCUCAAACUUCUUUGAUAGAAAAGGACUCCAAGUAAGCAAAUUCCCAGUAAAGUUAGUAAGCAUAGAUAAUUGACUAACUGAAAGUAAAUAACUAAGUAGGUAAUAAUCAAAAUACAAAUAAUAACUAGGCAUUAACAAGGAACAAAAGUAACCAAAGUAUAAGCUAAAAGAUUUUAUAAAAAAGAGCAAGUGAUAAUAUUUAUUCUUCAGCCAGUGUUAAUCCUCUGCUUUAAUGCUCUACGAGAAUUCCUUCAACUUAAAAAAAUUCUUAAAAUAUCAAUGCAAUCAAUUAAAUGCCAUUUUAAGCCAAUAAUAAUUAAAAUAGCAAUAACAGUACGAACAUCAGUAAUAAUAACAUGAAGAAAAAUGAAAUUGACUCAAAUAAGUAACAGUAAAUUGAAAGAAGAUAUCAAACUGCUGAAAGGGAAAGAAUAUUCAGUGAAAGAAAAGAAUUAAAUGAUAAAUUUUCAAUUACCAACACAAUCAAUCAACUUAAAUAAUCUGAAAAGCAAUCUCCUACAAUUAAGAUAUAAUAAUAAAAUCUAUUAUCAUCUUAAUAGCAAUCUUCUUAAAAUUAAAUUUUAUAAAUCAUGUCUCAAAGGUAAUCCAAAGAAUAAAUUUACACAUAAAAGUAGCAGUAAUUCGAACAGUAUUAGCUUAAGCAAAAUGUAAAUAAUAACAAUACUCCUGCCACUACUUCUAAUACAAGUAGACCUCGCUCUAGCCUUCAUUAAAAUUCUGCUUCUUAAUCUUCAAACCCUAAGCAUUCCACAAACAAAGCUCAAUAAGUAUAAAUAAAUCCUCUUUUUCAAACUCUUCGUUAGUAAAAUAUAUAAUAAACAAUAUCUAACAUAAGUUCUAAUGUUAACUCUUAAAUAAAUAACAUGAAAUGUGAAAGUAUGCCCUCUUCAAGUGCUUUGAAUAAUCAAACAAUUCAAAACUAACAACAUUCUUAACUAAGUAGCACUCUUUAAUUCUUGACAUCAUAAAAUUCUUAAAAUAAUCUUUAAUUUUCUCAACUAUAAGUAAUAUCUGAUGGAUCUUCUUCUCCUUAGCAAUUAUUUUACUAAAAUUAGUAGCCUUAAUUACUUUUAAAUGAUCUUUAAUCGCAUUAUCACUAUUCUUCUCCAAACACCAAUAACAAUCCUGAUAAAUUACACAAUAACAACGGUGAUCUUAGAAUCAAAAAACGCAAAGAAGGCUAAACAAGUUUAAAUGUUAAGGGAAGUUCUAUUACAGGAGUGAGUGGAUUGGUUGGAAGUAGCAGCAAUAUGAACUUUAGCUAGCUUAGUCAGAUAAAUUAACCAAAUAUUAGUUAAAUUUCAUAAUAAGUUCAGCAACAAUAGUAAUAACCAUAAUAAUCUUCUCGUAAUCACCUCAAAUCAUAAAAUUCAUCAUAAAAGAAAAUUAAACAUUCUUAACAUCAAGCACCACAAUUAGAUAUAUAAUAAUAGAUACAAGUGUAAAUGAAUAGCAAUAAUAAUUUAUUGUCCCAAAACUCUUCCUCUUAGCAAGCUCCUUCGAUCAGUUAAACAAAUUUCUUUAACUCUAAGCGUAACUCUUAAAUUUAAUAAUUAAAUCCUGACUUGAUUAAAACGUAAGUCUACAAGACUUAAUCCACUUUUGGAAAUAACUAAAACUAAAAAAAUCGUUCUUCAAGCAAUCCAAAGCAGUUGAAAUUUCCUCUCAAUGCAAAUAAUUACAAUAGCAAUUUUAUAAAUUCUGGUAAUGUCUAAAUUCCUAAAAAUUAAAAUUUCAUAUUAUAAUACGACACUAACACACCUAAUUCUGCAGCUUUGCAAUCUUCUAUUCAAUAACAUUCUAGCCAACAAUAGCAGUAAUUAGCUAACUACUAAUAGUAAUAGUAAGUAAUUUAAUUACAAUAACAACAAUAGCAACAAUAGUAAUAAUUAUAGUAAGUUUAAUAGGGAAAGCAUUAAAAAAGUAAUUCUAUUGCCAUUUAGCCUGGCAAUAAUAAUAUUUAUAAAUAAAGUUCAGUAAGCAGCCACACAAAUUUUAAUUCUAAUCAUUCUUAGACAAGCAGUUAGCCAAACUUGCUUUCAUCUUCCCUUUUAAACUAAUUACCUUAGAAUAUGAAUGUACUUAAUGGAAUAAAUACAUAACCAGCAAGUACAAAAAUUCCAAACAGUAAUUCGAUAAGUAAUUAAGCAAAUACAGGCAACGGUAUCAACUCAAAUAAUAAUUUUACAUAAAUUAAUUUGUAAUUAAUUAAAAAUUAUAACACAGGAAGCACAAAUAUUAUAAAUUCAAAUAAUUAAAACUCAAAUGACAUUACAAACACCUUAACAAUAGGUACUCCUGUUUAUUAGCAAAGUAAUUAAGGAAUGCAAAAGCACUCAAGGACGAGAAGUCAAGAGUUAAUUACUAACUAAAUGAAUAUUAUAGGAUCUAGUACUGCUCGUAAUAAUGAUAAUCUGAACGCAAAUUAAUAACAAAUAAUGAAUAAUUUACCUGGAGGUGUCUCUUAGAUUAACUAAGUUUAUGAGCACAAAUAUCACUAUAACUAGCCUUAAUCAGUACGAAAUAAAGCUGAAAGAACAACUUCUACACAUUUUAGUGACUCAAUUAAAAGAUUGAUAGAAUAGAAUACAAUUUCAAGUUCUUCAACAACUACUAACAGGACAGGUUCAAUGAUAUCUGCUCAGUAAUUCAUUUCUUCAAAAUAAAAAAGUUAAAUCUAAAGUAAUUAAAAUCUUACUAACAAUUCUUCUAAAUACUAUAAUUAAAACAUGACAAAUAGCCCAGUCUCUAUUCGUAAAAAUAUUAUGAAUAGUAACAAUAAUAAUGGGAAUGCAAAUAAUAAUAAUCAAAAUAACUUAAAGAAAAUGAACAGGAUAGAUACUUUUGCAGCUAGAGUGAGCAAUAUGAUAAACAUUUUUGAUCCUAACUAAUAAAAUAGUUAACAUGUAUUGACUAAUCUCCACAACAACAGUGGAGGAGUAAAUAAUAUAAACAGUACUUUGAGUAAUUUUAAUACUAAUUAAAUACCAUAAACUUAGCAACAAUUAGCAAAUAACAGCAACAACCUAAAUCAUAAUAUUAAUACUACCUUAAAUAAUAAUUAGGUUGCAAAUAACUCAAACUAUACAACUCAAUCUAAUUAAGUUAACAUUUAAAAUUAUCCUCCAAGUGCAAGAAUUAAUUUAAAUGCAAAAAAUUCUUCAAUUAUUAGCCACACUGGUUCUCUUAGUAGAAAUAAUUCUCCUUCAAAACAAAAACCAAUCGGGGAAUUAAAUAUACAAUAAAAUUAAAUGACAGGAAGCAUAUCUCCAUAGAUGAUUAAUUCAGGUUCAACAGGAGCACUUUAAUUAAAUUAUUAAGUACCUCAAAACUUCAUUCCAUCUUCCACAUAAUCUAAUACUGCUCAAAAUUUAUCUUAACAAAUAAGUAACUCUUCAAGAAACGCCUCUUCCCAAAGAGGAGCCUCUAAGGCAAGCUAAUUAAUUAGAUACAGAUAAAAUAAUUAAUGA